UUAAUGCUUUACCUGCUGACAUACGUAUGAAUAAUUUACCUAGCAGACCGAAAUUUGAAAAAGUUAUAUUUACAAAAUCAAAAAAAAUCUACUGUUAAAAUCUGAACAAUGGAUGUCGAGAAAAAGUCGGAAAUGCAUCUGGAUCCACCGCUCUUUUUGACCUGCGAUUUGGACGAGUUUCGAGAUCCAAACAAGAAACGUGCUGCCAAUGAAGCUUGCGAGGAGUUGGACAAGUUGGAUGCCCAGGAUGAGAUCAGUGUGUCCAGUAUUAUCUCAGCCUUGUUGCGACCCAUCGAACCAUCGGAUGAUCAGUACAAAGUGUGCGAUUGGGGAAUCAAUCCCAAGCAUUUCCUGCCUAUCAAACACGCGAUCAUCUUCAAGGAGCAGUUAUUCAUCUCAAAACUGCGAAACACCAACUGCAAGUUGAAUGAAAACCUUAAGGUCUUUUUCGAACGCGAACUGGAGCAAAUUGGGAAAUUCUGUUUGAACGUGGAGGAGUCCUUUGAUGGCUAUGUGGUUUUCAGUAGCAGCAAAAUGAAGAAGGGCAAGGGUUUGGUGGAAUGUGGCCAUCAGCUGAAGGGAAAGUACGAUGAUAAGUUCUUGUUGAUUUGUGAGAAGAGGUCAGAGUUCGAUCGCAUCGACAAUACUCGUGUGGAAAAGACAUUGGAACUUAGAAAUCAUGCUGAUUUGAUGCUUACUGCGAUUCGGGAGACGAAGAUAAACGAGGAAGUUCAGAGAUUCAAGGCUCGAAUUGAUAUCAAGGAUCGUGAUCAUGUUUUCGUCCUUGAUGGAGGAAUAAUGCUGCUGAUGCGUCACUUGGUCUGUAACAAUUUUGUGGGCAACUUUGAGUACUAUACAAUGAAUUUAUAUGGAAGGGUCCUGCGCUGUAAUCUUAUAGUUUCCAAGGAGCGUAAGAUUGUGAGGAUAUUCUACCGCACCUAUAAGAAUGUCGUGCACAUUUACACACAACACUGCUUCAACGACGAACUGCAGGAUGUCGCCGAGACCUUCAUGACCGCAGAAGGUCGAAUCGUCCUUCACUACUGGAAGGGAUACAAUUAUCUCCUUCAUGCCGCCUGCAUGCCGCCGAAGAGAAAGGAAACCAUCUUGCCCAAACUGGAGCUCAUGUGGCGCCAAAACGAGCAGUUGUCACGGAAAUUCCGGGAGCUCAAGGCCCUUAACUACGAAAAUGCCACCAGCUAUCUGAGCAGCAACUCACAGCUGGCCGAUUUUAUGCAGGACUAUGUCCUCAAUCUGCUGCGAUACAAGCCCGCCAAUGUCCUCGAGUUCUCCAUCAUGUUCUUUCAGAAUAUGGCAAAAUGAAAUUGAGUCUAUCAAACGGGGUUUAUUUUUUGCUAAAUUGCUAGUAUUCAGUCGAGAAUCGUCAACUACUAGUAUAUGUUUUUUAUUUUUAGCGGUUUCAAAAUAAAAGUUUACCAAUAUAAAAAUUAGUAAAA